CGACUGCGGGAUGGCCUGUAAACAGGUAAUUCUGCCCAAUUAAUAUUAAUUGCUCUUAGGAUGUUAUCGAGCUAUCGGUUAUAUCUGGUAUAGCUAAUAACUUCUUUUCAUUGCUAUUUUGAAUAUCACUUUUGGAAUUUUGUUUUCCUUUUGAUUGCAGUAAGGCAUGCAAAAACAAAGAGGUGAGCGCAAGCAAGCACAAAUUGCACAUCAAGUUAUUGUGCAACCUGAGAUUGUUCCCGGAAAACUCUCAGAGCAGCAAUGGUUAGAAUUUCAAGAAGGGUACAAAAACGAAGAAUUUGCCAGCGAGAUAGUAGAUGACAUUGUUAAUAUUGUGCUCACUAAAGCAUAUGAAAUUUACUUGGAACGACAGCUUCUGCCCUAUACAGUCAAUGCUGCUAUAGAAGCUUUAACACUACUAGUUGAAUGGAAUUUCCUAAGACGUGAUGAAUCCCAAGUAAGCCCUAUUUUGCAGCCUGGUUGGAUUUCAAGCGAAGAAUCUGCGCGACCAGAAAUUGAUAAUUGGGCACCGAGACACUACUGUGAGGAAAGCAGGAAGCUUGUUGAUAGCACAGUUCGAGAGAGUGUCUCUCAAGAAGAAGCAAAAGAUACGGAAGCAGCUGUAGCGAAAGAUGAAGCAGCCAAUCAGCAUGAAGCGCAUGGAACAGAAAAUGAACACCACAGUCCAAAACGUAGGAAAAUGAAACCUCCUAAAUCUUCAGGUGUAAAAGAUAUCAAAAUGCCCUUAAAAUAUAGCAACACUUCAUUAAAGCAAACAAACGAAGGUGGAACUAAGACAUCAAAACCAGAAAAGUACCCGAGGACAAUGACUAAAACUUCACUUCAAAGUAGCAUUGGAAGCCAAGCAGAGAAAGAAGAGGUUCAGGAGAAAAUAUUACAAGAUUUUUCAAUGGCAAAAAAGCAACUCAAGGAGUCACAAAAAUCAGUUGACUGCAAAGAUGUAAUACUUGACAGUGAUGGAAACAUAGUAGGGAUGAGCAAAUUAGAUCCAGAUCAACUACCAUCCAAUCGAGUCAGAGUGAAGUACCACAUUCAAGAAUGCUCAAUUCCUAAAAAAGUUAUAAAACCUACAAAAUCAUUUAAAUAUCCAGAAAAUAAGAUGUUUAGCAAAUAUAUAUUUCGAAGGCCUCAACAAGGCAAGUUGCCAAAGAAAAAUAGUCAUUUUGGCACAUCAGAAUAUGUAUUAUCAUCAAACUUUUUAUCACUGAUGGAGUCAAUAGAACUAGUCCCUGGAGUCAAAAUCAAAGAUGACAAAACAACAAAAUCUGGCCCCAAAAUCCGUGAACCUACAGACCAUGCAUAUAACGAAGAUGGUCUGAACAGAAUGGAAAAUGACAUACCUCCAACUGAGAAUAAUUCACAGUCAUUAGACAGAAAGACAGCUUUACCAGAAAAUUUUUGUUUACCUCCAAUCACUUCAAACACUUCAUUUCAUAAGCCAUUGUAAUUUGGUCAACUGACAUUCACCCUAAUCUCAAACUAACUGAGAAAUAAUAUUUUUAAGAAAUUCAGAAAUAAAAAAUAAUGCUUUA